GGGAACUUCCCAGGCUCAAAGUCGCAGUAAGUGAAGAAAUCUACCAUAGUAACAGCCACUUGGGAGUCUGCUACCCCGCCUGUGACUGAGGAUAAAGGGCAGGCAGCUAGACUAGCAGUGAGUAUUCAGCCUGCAGAGCCCUGAGACCAGUACAGGGAGGGCUCUACUUUGCCCUGGUGAAAGACUGGGGAGUGAAAGUAGGGGCCCAGGAGCCAGGACACCGGAGUCCCUUCUCCAGAUCUCUGUUUGUGGAGUGAACAUUUUGGGCCAUCAACAAAAGAGCCUCUUCCCUGAGGAAGGCCCUUUUGCCAGGGCUCAGCAAUGUUGCUCUGGGGGUGCCUUUUCAUCAUGCUGGAUGUCCUGCUGCAGCCUGAGUUGAGAGCAGCAUCCCUGCCUUUGCAUAUGGACUCAGUUAUCCAGAUCCUAGCACAAAUAGAACAAGAAGCCCCCGCUCUUCAUCUCACAGCCCCUGGUCUACUUUUGAUGUCUGGGAGUCCCUUCGACUUCUUCCAGCAUCUCCUCCUUUCAGGGGCCCCGUCUCCAACAGAGCUCCAGCUUGACCUUCUUGGUCCAGAACUUCGAGCAUUAGCCACCAGCUUAAUCCAGCACCGAGUGGGCUCUGGGCAAGAGCAUGGGGUAGUACUAGCACCAGAUGGCUCCACAGUGGCUGUGGAGCCCCUUCUGGCAGGGCUCCAGAUUGGGCUCCAUGGUCGGAGGUCUAUCGCCAUUCCUCAGGAGUUCAGAGCUUCCCCUUCUGAAGUUAGAGAUGCUCACAAGAAAGGACUUACAUUGGCCCCUCAAGUCAGCACGACUCCCCAAGAUGUUGGAGACAUUUCCCUGGACCCCAGCAUUCUCCCAGAUGUCCAUGCUAACUCCCCAACCAGUGUGGAUAAUCUCCUGGCUGUCACUCUGGCUAGAGCAUUAGGCAUAGCCUUCCUCCCAGGCCCUGGGACCCAAACUCCCAAAGGCCUUGGGCCUGAUGGCUGUUGGGACCAAAUCUCAGCCCCCAAGACCUUUUCCCUGUCGAGCUCUGAGGCCCCUUCUGCCCUCACUGUAGCCUUCCUCAAUGGGGCACUAGAUGGGGCCCUGCUAGGGCACUACCUGAGCAGGGGCCCUAAACCCCCACCACCACUCAGUCACCUACUGACCCAGUACUAUGGAGCAGGGGUGGGUGGGGAUCCCCAAUUUCGGAGCAACUUCCGCAGGGACAACGGGGCCAACCUGACUUCACAGGAGGCCCUAGCCCAGCAGGUAUGGGGCUCCUUGCUCUUGAUACAAGAGUUAGAGCCCUCUCACCCCCAGCUGGCAAAUCUAUCCCAAGCCCAAUUGGCUGAAGUUGCUACCCAAGCUGCCAAGGAGUUCACUGAGGCCUUCCUGGAAUGUCCAGCCAUCUUGCCCCGCUGUCGCUGGGAAGCAGCUCCUUACCGAGGGAGUCCCAGGAUGCUGCAUCUUCCUUUGGGGUUCCUCUACGUGCACCACACCUAUGAGCCCCACAAACCCUGCACCAGCUUCUCCCAGUGUGCUGCUGACAUGCGAAGCAUGCAACGCUUCCACCAGGACACCAGAGGCUGGAAUGACAUCGGCUAUAGCUUCGUGGUGGGCACGGACGGCUACGUGUACGAGGGUCGGGGCUGGCACUGGGUGGGGGCCCACACCCUCGGCCACAACUUCCUGGGCUUCGGCGUCUCCAUCAUCGGCAAUUACACCGCCACACUUCCCGCGGCCCACGCCUUGAGGACCGUGCGCGACACCCUUCCACGCUGCGCCCUGCGCGCGGGCUACCUACGGCAGGACUACAUUACGCAAGGCCACCGGCAGCUAGUCCGCACCGACUGCCCAGGGGACGCCCUCUACCGGCACAUCAGCACGUGGCCGAGCUUCAGGGAGGUGAAGAAGAAAGCUUAAAGAAGAGAUAUCUAUCAGUCUCCUCAACCCGCUAAAUACAGAGGCUGCAAAGAGGAGAACUGAGUCCUUAAGUGUGCGAAGCAGGGUGUUCUCAGACCACUAGCCUGGGAAUCAAAGCUUGCGUUCUAUUUCCAGCUGUCACUAAUUCUCUGCAUGACCUUGGAUGAGUCAUUUCCUUUCCUCUGGGGUCUCAGCUUCCUCAUAUGUCAAAUGAGAGUGUGGGGGGCGGAGGGAGGGGCGGCGGAAUUAUACUGGCUGUGUUUGGUGAUUUCUCAGUCCUUCUGAAGUCAGGACAUUCUAUGCUUACUAUUCUUGGGUCCCUUCCAGCUCAAAUAAGCAGUAUUAUAAGAUUCCCCCCCUGCUCUGACUUUGCGCUCUAAGGUCCUCCCAAGUGGCGACAUCCUGAGAUUAUUCCCAUUUACAAAUACUUAAGCAUGUACAUACUUAUUCUUAAGAAGGUACUUAAGUGUCUGAAUGUGUUUCCUGGGGAGGAGAGUGAGGACACAAUGGUCCAUCGAUCAAUCAGUCAAUAAACAUUUAUCAAGUGAC